UCGCAGAGUUUGGCUUUCCGUUUUGGCUGCCGCACUGCACAAUCUAACUCUGGCUCUCGAUCGCAACGGUCGCGGUUUGAGAAGCGUUUAAUAUCCACUGCAAGUACGCGCGUGUUGGCCUGUUUGGCUGUGUUCUUAUUUCCAACCAACAACUCAGCGCACAUUACAUCUCUAUCGCCAUCGUCAUCAGCAGCAGGCAGCGUACUAACGUGUCUGAGUUCCGGGGUCUCUUCACCGGGAGCGACAUACAUUCAUUCGCGCAAAAGAACAGAUUCUCCGUCUGCAGUUCAAUCCUACAUUAAAACCCGUAGCACACGAUGCAAACACAGCGCAAAAGUAAAGGAGGGACAGCGAUGAAGCGCGCCACGAUGCUGCUCGCCACCAUGCUGUGCAUUGGCGUGCUGCCGGCCUGCAUCUACAGCCUCGAAAACGGACUCGCCAGGACACCGCCGAUGGGAUGGCUGUCGUGGGAGCGCUUCCGCUGCAAUACGGACUGCGAGGGUGAUCCGGAAAAUUGCAUCAGUGAGCACCUAUUCCGUACGAUGGCCGACCUGGUCGUGAGCGAAGGAUAUGCCGCCGUCGGCUACGAGUACAUCAACGUGGACGACUGCUGGCUGGAGAAGUCGCGUGGACCGCGCGGUGAGCUGGUCGCCGACCGGCGUCGCUUCCCCAGUGGCAUGAAGGCGCUGGCCAAUUACGUCCACGCCAAGGGCCUUAAGUUCGGCAUCUACGAAGACUACGGCAACUACACGUGUGCCGGAUAUCCGGGAAUUCUUGGCUUCUCGGCGAACGAUGCCGCCCAGUUCGCUUCCUGGGACGUGGACUACGUCAAGCUGGACGGGUGCUACUCGCUGCCGAUUGACAUGGACCAUGGGUAUCCGGAGUUUGGCCGCAAUCUGAAUGCCACCGGGCGCCCGAUGAUCUACUCCUGCAGCUGGCCAGUGUAUCAGAUCUACGCCGGCAUGAAUCCCAACUACUCGUCCAUCAUUCAGCACUGCAAUCUGUGGCGCAACUAUGACGACAUCCAGGACUCGUGGGCCUCGUUGGAGAGCAUCAUCGAUUACUACGGCAACAAUCAGGAUGCCAUCAUCCCGAACGCUGGCCCGGGGCAUUGGAACGAUCCGGACAUGUUGAUCAUUGGCAACUUCGGACUCAGCUACGAACAGUCCAAAACACAGAUGGCGCUUUGGGCGAUUAUGGCUGCACCGCUGAUGAUGUCCGUUGAUCUGCGCACGAUCCGGCCCGAGUUUAAGGCGAUUCUGCAGAACCGCAAAAUUAUUGCGGUCGAUCAAGAUCCGCUCGGCAUCCAGGGGCGAAGAAUCUAUAAGCACAAGGGCAUCGAGAUCUGGUCUCGGCCGAUCACACCGAUCUACCAGACGUACUACUCGUACGCGAUUGCCUUCGUCAACCGGCGAACGGACGGCACCCCGUCGGAUGUGGCCGUGACCCUGCGCGAGCUGGGCCUCAUUUCGCCCACGGGCUACAGGGUUGAGGACCUGUACGAGGAAGUCGACUACGGAGUGCUGAGCCCCCAGACCAAGAUUAAGGUGAAGGUGAACCCAUCGGGUGUAGUGAUACUGCGGGCCGACGUUCAGCCGGAGCGUUUCUCCAAGAGACCGUACAAUCCAAUCUUCUAUCGCUAUCCUAACUAAAGCACUAAAGCACCCGAAUAGUAACUCCACAUCCCAUCAGCAAAAGGCCCCAUUUUUUAAUGCUGUUAGAGAGGGUAGAGCAGACCAGGCGUAGAUGUCGAAAUUUGAAUAACAUAAACCGAUCCCCGCUCGUUAGCAAAAUACAAAUAUUUGUACACGCAGACACAUACACAUCCAUCAGGCGAUAUUUCAGAAACAAGUUGAAGCAGCAUGCAAAAGCAUGGUGCGAUUUGAUAGUGAUGUAAGCAAAACACACCACAGGAACACCCUUUUUGAGGGAUAGCAUAUCGGAAGAAGCAGCAGAAAGACAACAAUCAUGUGCCAGUUUUGAUGGGAAAAAGAAACAUAAUUAAAGCCACAUACACAGCGUACUUCUGUUCGCGCUGACAGACGAAGGAAUAGACAAAAUGCUGCAAUAGACCGACGACCGAGAGAAGGGUUACACCCUUUUUACUUCAGGAGUAACCACCAACACACGGGGCGUUUAUUAGCGUAGGAUCCAAUUGUGAACUAGCUAUAGAAGAAGACGCAUAAGAGCAACCAACACGAUUCUUCUGCAGCCAACAAAACCAAAUGGUGCUUUUCAUACGAACGUGUGCUUCCGUGUACGUAGAGCGAGUAUGCUUCCCCCCUGCACCGGGUGUGCACACUUUGGGUGUAUAGUGGAAGCGCCACAGUGAUAUGAUAACGUUACACGUUACGGUUUUUUUUUAUAAAACACAAGAAUUUUUCCUUCCCGCGCCCUGUCGGGAAAGUAAAACACACCCACACCACCACCACAGCACGGUUGGCUAGUGCUAGCCAAACCGGUGUCUUCCUUGCCGAAUCCCUGGCCCUGUGUCCACUGUGCAGGGCGAGGGAUUUUCCAUCAGAAUCCGUGGUGUAUAAUCUUGGUACGCGCAUAAGAUUAGGUUUGUACAUUGUAUAAUUUAUGAUACGGGACAGUCUGCCUCCCCCGGGAGGGUAACCGAGAGGGACGAGAAAGUAGGUGACGAUGUCCUUGUGUGUGUUUUUUUUUUUAUUUCUUUAAUAGUUUCCAAAACCAAUUAUUGAAUAAAUCAAUUUGAGAUAAUGAACAAAUAAAUAAAACAGAUACGAAACAACAA